UGGCCUAUGACGUAGUAAUUAUGCGCCGAUUUGUACAGUCGUUGAAGAGAUCUCUAUUAGCUACAUGGUUAAUACAAAAUACUAAGUCACAAUGGUGAUGAAGUCAGCAGUUGACGAUGAUGAUGCUGGCUGGGGGCUAGGCAUCCCAGAAAAGAUGAAGAACAAUGCCAACUGGAUUGAUAUUACACAUGAAUUCAAGGGCGCAUGCAAAGAGUUGAACCUUGGAGAGUUGCUUCAUGACAAACUGUUUGGCCUAUUUGAGGCCAUGUCGGCCAUAGAGAUGAUGGAUCCUAAGAUGGACGCAGGAAUGAUUGGAAACCAGGUCAACAGGAAAGUGCUCAACUUUGAACAAGCUAUCAAGGAAGGGGCCAUUAAGGUGAAAGACCUUAGUCUUCCUGAGCUGAUUGGGAUCAUAGACACAUCUUUCUGCUGUUUGAUCACGUGGCUGGAGGGCCACUCCCUGGCGCAGACUGUGUUCACCUGUCUGUACGUCCAUAACCCGGACCUGAUUGAAGAGCCAGCCCUCAAAGCCUUUGCCCUGGGCAUCCUGAAGGUGUGUGACAUCGCCCGGGAGAAAGUGAACAAGGCUGCUGUGUUCGAGGAGGAGGAUUUCCAGGCCAUGACCUAUGGCUUCAAGAUGGCCAACAAUGUCUCAGACCUGCGAGUGACAGGUAUGCUGAAAGACGUGGAGGAUGAGUUACAGAGGAAGGUUAAGAGCACGCGCAGUCGACAGGGUGAGCAGCGAAACCCAGAGGUUGAGCUGGAGCAUCAGCAGUUCUUGGCACUUUUCAAUAGAAUCAAGUUCACACGCCUUCUCCUGACUGCACUGAUCACCUUUACCAAGAAAGAGACCAGCUCGGUGGGCGAAGCCCAGAAGCUCGUGGCCCAGGCUGCUGAUCUCUUGUCAGCCAUGCAUUCCAGUAUUCAGCACGGCAUCCAGUCACAGAAUGACACCACUAAAGGAGACCAUCCCAUCAUGAUGGGCUUUGAGCCGCUGGUAAACCAGAGACUGCUGCCACCUACCUUUCCUCGCUACGCCAAGAUCAUCAAGAGGGAGGACAUGGUGGCUUACUUCGGCAAACUCAUAGAACGCAUCAAGACUGUCUGUGACGUCAUCAACACCACCAACCUGCAUGGCAUACUGGACUUCUUUUGUGAGUUCAGUGAGCAGUCUCCCUGUGUGCUCUCCAGAUCUCUACUACAGACAACGUUCCUGAUAGAUAAUAAGAAAGUGUUUGGGACCCACCUGAUGCAGGACAUGAUUAAAGAUGCUCUAAGAUACUUCGUCAGCCCGCCGGUCCUCUCCUACAAGUGCUGUCUGUUCAACAACCACCAGGCCAAAGACUACAUUGACUCCUUUGUUACGCACUGCUCCAGGCCGUUCUGCAGUCUGAUCCAGAUCCACGGACACAACCGAGCUCGACAGAGAGACAAGCUGGGUCACAUUCUUGAAGAGUUUGCCACACUGCAGGACGAGGCAGAGAAGGUGGAUGCAGCGCUGCAUAGCUUGCUGAUGAAACUUGAGCCCCAGCGGCAGCAUCUGGCCUGUCUUGGCACCUGGAUCCUCUACCAUAACCUGAGGAUCAUGAUCCAAUACCUGCUGAGCGGCUUUGAACUGGAGCUGUACAGCAUGCAUGAGUACUACUACAUCUACUGGUACCUGUCCGAGUUCCUUUACGCAUGGCUGAUGUCCACUCUGAGCAGAGCCGACUCCUCCCAGAUGGCAGAAGAGCGGCUAAUGGAGGAGCAGGUGAAAGGACGCAGCAGCAAAAAAACCAAGAAGAAGAAAAAAGUUUGGGGUUCCUCUACAGUUCGCCCUCUAAGCAAGGAGAUCACCAUGAGCCAAGCAUACCAGAACAUGUGUGCCGGCAUGUACAAGACUAUGGUAGCCUUGGAUAUGGACGGGAAGGUGCGUAAGCCUCAGUUUGAGUUGGACAGCGAGCAGGUUCGCUACGAGCAUCGCUUCGCCCCCUUCAACAGCGUGGUCACCCCCCCACCUGUGCACUAUAUCCAGUUCAAGGAGAUGUCCGAUCUAAAGAAGUACAAUCCUCCGCCAGGCUCGGCUGACCUCUACAUGGCCGCCAGCAAACACUUCCAGCAGGCCAAGCUCAUCCUAGAAAAUGUGCCCAGCCCGGACCCUGAGGUGAACCGUAUACUAAAGGUGGCCAAACCCAACAUCGUAGUUAUGAAGCUCCUGGCUGGAGGCCACAAGAAGGAGACCAAGGUGCUCCCAGAGUUUGACUUCUCAGCUCACAAGUAUUUUCCUGUCGUCAAGAUUAUCUGAUUCUGCUUUGCAUCGCGGGUUGAUUGUUAUGUCAUCAUAAGGACCAUUAGCUGCAAAUACAAGUCCCUCAUCUGAACAAGUGUGCAAUGGCCCUGAUCUGGUCUGUGUUUGUACGUGUGUGCGUGAUACACCUAACUGUUAAGUUGUAUAAAGGAGUGUUUGAUACACUUGAUUCUUUUUUUCACCCGAACGAAAGAUGAAACCAGACCAGAGAACUCACACAUGGACCUAAAUGACUGACAAUAUCCACAUCUGCAUCUGUGAAAAUCUUUAUUUGUUUGUGUGUGUGUGUUUGUGUGUUUGUGUACACGAGAGUUGGACACAAGUCGAGGUGCUUUUACGCAAGUAUCUGGCCGAUGGAAAUGUUUUCUAAGCUGUUUUGUGAAGGCUUUGAAAGAAGAGCUGUAAUAAUAAUAAUAAUGAUUGUUCAAUCAUAUGAAACCUUUCUAUGUAUUGAUGUGCUUAUUUGAAUGAAAAUGUUGAGCGUGGGAGGACUGCAGUAUCUUGUUUUUACUUACGGCACCAGUUUCAUCUGCAUCCGUCCAUUGUGAAAUCUAGACGGGAUAAUCUGCAGAGAAGAACCACUAACAAUGUGAAUUAUUUUGUAAGUGCAGAGUAAAGUUUCAACACACGUAUGAGAUUCAAAAGACACAACCAACAGCAGUGGUAGAGAUACUUUCCAGGCCAGGGAACCAAUUGUCCAAUUGACCAGCAACUGUCACACAUAUAA